CAUUAAACCUUAAAGAAGAAGACAACAAAGUAGCCUAACUGUACUGUUGUAGCCGACCACAUUUCAUGUCUUACAAAGAAACAAUAGCUUCCACAAUGGAUCGGGACAACGCUAGCCCGUUCCCCUGCACCCUCCCGGAGUCCCCAUGUCAAACGCCUCCCAGUUCCGCUUUACUGCGGGGUCUGGUCGACUGCAGGAAAACACCGGGGCAGAGUGGAACUGAGACAGGAGAAAAGAAGGAAGAUGGAGAGUUGAUUUCAUUAAGUAAGAACCAUGGGGACAGCCCUAACCGUUGCUCUCUCAGUGGGAGGGGCUUAUCAUCUGCGGAGCCUCAACAACAUCAUGAUGCUGACAAGAAAGAGAAGAGUCUCUCCAGACCAGAACACCUCAAGAAACACCAGCAGAGACUUACAGGGAAGAAACCUCACCAAUGCUGCUUUGACUGUGGGAAGAGUUCUGCUAAACAGAGGGAAUUGGUCAUUUACAAGCAGAUUCACACUGGGAGGAAAAUGUACUGCUGCUCUCAGUGUGGGAAGAGUUUUGCUGCAUCUAAAACCUUGCAAUCUCAGAUAAUUCAUACAGGGCAGAGGCCUUACACCUGCUUUGAUUGUGGGAAGAGCUUCAGUCAAUCAGGAGCCCUGACUACACACCAACGCAUACACACAGGAGAGAAGCCUUAUAGCUGUGAUCAGUGUGGGAAGAGCUUUGCUCUAUCCGGAAACCUGAGUACGCACCAGCGUGUACACACAGGAGAGAAGCCUUAUAGCUGUGAUCAGUGUGGGAAAAGCUUCAACCAAUCAGGAAACCUGACUACGCACCAGCGUGUACACACAAGAGAGAAGCCUUAUAGCUGUGAUCAGUGUGGGAAGAGCUUUGCUCUAUCCGGGAACCUGACUAGACACCAGCGCAUACACACAGGAGAGAAGCCUUAUAGCUGUGAUCAGUGUGGGAAGAGUUUCAAUCAAUCAGGAGAACUGACUAGACACCAACGCAUACACACAGGAGAGAAGCCUUAUAGCUGUGAUCAGUGUUGGAAGAGCUUUGCUCUGUCCGAAGACCUGACUAGACACCAGUGCAUACACACAGGAGAGAAGCCUUAUAGCUGUGAACAGUGUGGGAAGAGCUUCAUGGAUUCAGGUAGUCUGACUAGACACCAGCGCAUACACACAGGAGAGAAGCCUUAUAGCUGUGAUCAGUGUGGUAAGAGCUUCAUGGAUUCAGGAAGUCUGACUAGACACCAGCGCAUACACACAGGAGCAAAGCCUUAUAGCUGUGAUCAAUGUGGGAAGAGUUUUGCUCAAUAUUCCACUCUGACUGCACACCAACGCAUACACACAGGAGAGAAACCUUAUACCUGUGAUCAGUGUGGGAAGAGCUUCAAUCGUUCAGGAGCCCUGACUACACACCAACGCAUACACACAGGAGAGAAGCCUUAUAGCUGUGAUCAGUGUGGGAAGAGCUUCAAUCAUUCAGGAGCCCUGACUAGACACCAGCUCACACACACUGGAGAGAAACCUUACUCUUGUCUAUGUGGAAAGAGCUUUGCUCGUUCAGGGUCACUGAAACAACACCAGAAAGCAUCUCCCUCCUACAGCACCGGUUACAGAUCUCUAAAUAAAGUUACAAUAGAAAACAUCUUGUAAAGAGUCAUCCAUCUCCCAUUCGCUAACAGUUUACUAAGUCGUAUUACCAUGGUAACAUGUGUAGAUAAUAUGCAGCUCUGGAUCAAUAUGUAUCAAGCGUCUUGGAGUAGGAGUGGUGUGUGUGGGGGGGGAGUAGGAGUGGUGUGUGUGGGGGG